AUGAGAGGUCAACAGAAAUCUACACAGUACAUCAUUGAGAAGAAGAUCAGCAAGCGGUAUUAUGAGCCACCGGUAGACUCAGAGCACAUUCAACUAGAGGCUUCAUACACAUCAACUGUAACUCAAGAGAAGGCCAUCAUCAAUUCAGCCAUCACUCAUGGCGUAGUAACAGUUAGUCUUCAAGCAAGUCAGGGGCAGAAGCAAGUCACAAUCAGCGCCCACGUCCUGAAGAAAUUAACUACUACAUUGCCAUCAUUCUCAUGUACACUAGCAGACAUCGGCUCACUCGAGAAUCUUCAACUAGCCGAUCCUCAAUAUCUCAGACCUGGACCGAUCGACCUCAUCAUAGGAGCAGAUUAUUAUGGGCGGAUCAUCGAGAAUCAGAUUAUCAAGUCUAGACGAACAGCAGUAGUUGGCCAACGCACAGCAUUUGAGCUUCUCCAGAAAUUUUGGGUCCAGGAAGAAUUGCCAAUUCAACAUCAACAUUCAGAGCUGUCAACAGAGGAACUCGAGGGCGAGAAGCACUUUCAAGAAACCCACCGCAGAGAAGAAUCCGGACGCUACAUAGUGAGACUUCCAUUGAGGACGUCAUCAUCAGCGCUCGGCGAUUCAAAAAAUGAGGCCUCACGUCAGUUAAAAUCAGUAAUUAGAAGGUUCAACAAGGAUCAAGCAUAUGCCAAACUCUACAAGGAAUUCAUCAAGGAGUACGAGGAAUUGGGAAAUAUGAAAAGGGCGUCAGAACUUCCAGAACCAUCAACAGCUUAUUAUCUGCCGCAUCACGGAGUUUUAAGAGAGGACGCCAUCACAACAAAGCUGAGAGUUGUAGUCAACGGCUCCACUGCCAAUCAACGCGAUGAACGUCUUAACCUGGAUGAGAAAAUACAAACUCGUCUUACGGGGCGGACAUCGUCAAGAUGUUUAGAUAAGUUAAAGUGCAUCAGGACGACUGGGACCUUCAGAGGAUCUUGUGUAUCGAUGAGGAUCAACAGCAGAUCACAUUCCAAACCAGCAGCAGAUGAAGGACACCGUUUUCCAGCAGCAGUCGAAGCGAUCACGAGAGGUCGUUACGUCGAUGAUAUAUACGGAGGGUCCGACUCAGCAGAAGGCCUCCAGGAAAUAGCAGUGCAGCUUCAGGGACUAUGCCAAGCAGGCGGUUUCGCUCUACAGAAGUGGAGUAGUAAUUGGCCAGAAGCUCUUCAUCAACUUGGCCUAACAACAGAGAGCAGCCUGAUUCAAUUUGAGGAAUCAGUAACGAAAGUACUUGGCUUGUCUUGGCACCAGCCAACCGAGACAUUCAGAUACAAAUCGGGCAAAUUCAACGCAGUAACCAUCACCAAAAGAAUAGUAUCAUCAGAGAUAGCCCAGAUCUUCAUUCCAUUGGGAUUUAGCGCUCCAGUGGUAAUUCAAGGGAAACUUCUCCUGCAGGAGCUAUGGAAGCUCAAAAUGAACCGGAAUGAUCCUCUUCCAGACGAAUACAAAAACCGUUGGAGGACAUUCCGAGAUCUCAUCAACUUAGACAGAGUCACUGUACCCAGAUGGAUACAGCUAUCAUCGGAGACUGUCAACAUCCAAAUACAUGGAUUCGCAGAUGCAUCAACGGGCGCCAUGAGUGCAGUGGGCUACAUUAGAAUGAGAACAAUCAACGAGAAACCAUCAACAGUUCUAGUGUGUGCGAAAACGAAGGUCGCACCAAUCAAAAGGAUGACCAUACCCAGACUAGAGCUCACAGCAGCUCUACUCUUGACCCGGCUAGUGGAAUCAACAUAUGAGAUGCUUCAACUAGAUGAAAAUCAGGUGGAAACUUACCUCUGGAUACUCUACCAAAAGCCAUAUGGAGACACGUCAGCGGCAAGGAAAACCCAGCUGACUGUGCCUCAAGAGGAAUCUCACCAAAUGAGUUAUCAGCUCAUCCACUCUGGUGGACAGCACCAAGCUGGAUCAAUCAGGAUCCAGAAGACUGGCCUCAAUCAUCAGUACACGUAG